AUGGGUCCCCACACCAUCGGCUUCUUGACCCGGGACUUCGUCUCCUCUUGUGUGUCUGGAAAUCUCGUCCCCCUCCACGUCGUCAAGGGCGCCGGCCACGAAUUUAUUCCCCUUCCCCAAGGCGAAAACGCAACCCUUGCCGACUUUCACACUACUCGCACCCAGACAGAGUCCCCUGCGCAUUUCACCUCCGGUUUCUACAAGAUCCAGGCUGGCCCUGCUCGUCCUGCCCAUUACGCUUUUGAGGAGAGCAAGUAUGUCCUCAGCGGUCAGAUUGACAUCCUGGACGAGGCUACCGGCGUCACUCACCAUCUAGUCCCCGGUGACUUUGCUUUCUUCUCUGUCGGAACCAAGGUUCAGUUCUCCACCAAGUCCCAGGGUCUCGCUUUCUACGCCGUCACCCGCCCGGUCCGCACUCCCCACCCCAACUUGCAAGGACGUGAGGAGAGCAAGUCUCGUCUGUGA